CCACAAGAAAGAAAUACUACUACUACUAAGUAAAUGUUACUGAUCAGUUGACAAUGAUAUAUUGGUUUCUUCAACCUCUUAUGAGAAAAAGCAAAAUAAAGCCUUGAAAGCCUUCAAGAAAGUCUCGUCUUUGUGCACAAAAAAAGGAAAAAUAAACAACUAGUAUUGUACUAGAGCAAAAAGUUGUGAGAGAGAUACCGACAAAGAAGAAAAAAGAUCGGUUUUUUGUGACGUUAUUUGAAGAAAAAAAAUUUGAUGAUGUGCUGAUAGAAGAGCCAAUAAUUAUCAUCAGUAUUAGCAAAUGAUGGCUGGAACCCCUACUAAUUGGUGGAGCAUGAUUAUGAAUGGAAACAUGCACCCACAAUCUCAUUAUCAGAACUUCUCUUCUUCUUCUUCUUCUUCUAAUUCUUCUUCCUCACAUUUUUAUGGAGCUGAUAACCCAAACCAAGAAUUCCCUCGUUCAUUGAGCCAACUACUUCUGAGUGGAUUUUCGGGUGAUCAAGAAAAGUUUGGUAUAAGUCCUUUUCAUGAGGCUGGGAAUUCAGAAGACCAAACUUUGAAUUCCGUGCAUCCAUCAGCUACUAAUUUUAGGGUUCCUGUUGCUGAUGUAAAGCCAGAGCUGGGCCAAUUGUACGAUUAUCAUCAUCAUGUCCAAAAUGAAUUCCACGCCGCGUCACUACAAGAAAAACUGGAAUUACCAACUGAUUUUACUAGACCUCUUACUUCUAAUUGGUCUCCACAAGACUUACCUUCACCAGCUAGCUCUUGUAUUACCACAGGUUUAAGCCAUAAUCUUUUGAACUUCACCAGUCAUAAAAACAGCAAAGGGCAACACAAGCAUCAACGUCCAGACCAUAAUUCAUCCGAGUGUAACAGCACAACCAGUGGUGGGAUAAGUAAGAAGGCUAGGGUUCAGCACUCUACAGCCCAACCAUCUCUAAAGGUAAGAAAGGAGAAGCUAGGGGAUAGAAUAACAUCACUUCACCAACUUGUUUCUCCAUUUGGAAAGACUGAUACAGCCUCCGUCCUGUCAGAAGCUAUUGGGUACAUUAGAUUCCUCCAGGGUCAAAUUCAGGCAUUAAGCACUCCAUACUUGGGCAAUGCAUCAGGAAGCAUGGGUCACAUUCCCCAACAAUCAUUUUUGGAUGGUAAUUGCCUGAAAAGGAGGCCAGCAUAUAAGCAGGAUUCUCAGCACAAAGUGAAGGAUUUAAAGAGUAGAGGGUUAUGCUUGGUUCCAAUUUCUUGCAUGGCGAAUGUUGGAAGUGACACUGGCGCCGAUUACUGGGCUCCAGCUCUCGGAGGAGGAUUUUGAUGUUACCCGCAUUUUACUCUGAUUGGAUUUAAGUUAUAUAUACACUGACAGUGUAAAUGUUGCUGAGUCGACGAUCGAACUGAUGAUAAGUCGAGCCUCUACGUCCUCAUGGAGUCAAAGAUAUAACAUCAGAAGCAGUCAUUCUCAGUAUGAAAGUCAGAGCUGACUGUUUGUGAUGCUAUUUUGCAUUUGAAAUCGGGUCAAGGAUAAACUGGUAUUGUCCAAUGUACAAUAUGGCUCUAUUUUCUUGAAUUUCAUGAAUAAUCAUACAACACUACAAGCUAGUUCAUAAGUGUUGUGUAUAUGUAACUUGGAAAUUCGUGGGUACAAUCUACAUACCGUUUCAGGAA